AUGAUUGUGAGGAAAAAAUUGGAAGUGAUAGAUCUCUACAAAUCUGGGUUUUUCUACAUUGAGGGUUGUUUUUAUAAUGAUUUCCUUUACAGUGGUGCAAUUGACUAUGGCCAAGUGAUUUGUGACUGGUCCAAGGACCCGGCCCCGGAGAUAGGAUCCAUGCAGAUAUCUUCUAUGGAGGACACGUCAUUCCUGGACCUGACCCUCAGACUGGGACAACCCUACGUUAACAUGCACCAGGGGGACUGUGAAUACCUCAUUGUAUUCUCUGAUAUCAGGAUGUUAUGUCCUCAGGAUACACAAGGUAUCAGAGAGUAUCCUUUUGUUACAAACAAACGUCUGAAGAACCAAACCAAAUGUAUGCUUCUAGGUGGAUGGUGUACAACAGUGUACAACAGUGAGCAUGCUCCGGAGGAUCCUAGAUUUUUCUGUGAACAAUGGAUGGCAUACAACAGUGAACGUGCUCUGGAGGAUCCCAGCUUUUUCUGUAAACAGUGUUUCAGGGCUCUCCAUUACAACCAGCACGGAAACAAGACAGGAAAUUUCCAGGCAUUUAGAUUCUUUGACAGUAAUUCUGUUAUAUAA